AUGACUUUGAGCUCCUUAACAGACAUUCUCCGCAAAGCAGCAGAUAAUCAGGGGCUCCGUGGUGUCUGUGCUUAUUCUCCUGGCCUUUCUGGAAUCGGCUCCUCCACGAGGUUGAGUUACACAGAGCUCGACUCAUUGGCUACGUCUAAUGCUAUAAAACUGCGCCGGCUGCAGUGCGACGCCAAGUCUUCUGUCAUACUACUUCACUUCGAAGAUCAUCUGGACAAUAUCAUAUGGUUAUGGUCUACCUUAUAUGCCGGCUACAUCCCUGCAAUGUCCACUGCUCUACCUCGAAGUGAAGAUCACCGGAUAAGGCAUCUGUGUCACUUGAGCGAGCUGUUCAAUAAUCCUAUCUGUCUCACUCGAAAAAGCCUCCAAAUCCUGUUUCCAAAAAAGUCCCCUCUGCACACUGUGACUAUAGAAUCAUUGAACGACUCACCGGCCGAUUUUGCCGCUACUACAGAAACUAGUUUCAGAGUACCAAUUGGCUGUGGUGGCUGGAGUCCUGCUUUGUUGAUGCUCACAUCUGGAAGUACUGGUUUACCAAAAGUUGUGUCCCUAACGCAUAAUCAGAUCUUGGCUUCCCUUCAAGGCAAAAGCCAGUCCUUACGCGUUGAUGAUACUGGCCACUCAUUUUUGAAUUGGAUUCGCCUUGACCACGUCGGUAGUCUAAUCGAGAUUCAUCUCCAUGCUCUAUUUGUCGAGCACGAUCAAGUUCACAUCCCGCCCGACGAGAUCAUUUCUCGCCCAGCCUUGUUCCUCGAUCUCAUAAGUCGACAUCGGGUGGUUAGAACAUUCGCACCCAAUUUUUUCCUCGCUGAGGUUGGCCGCUAUUUGGAAGCUUCCCGAGGAGAAGAUGGACCUCACUUCGACUUGAAAUGUCUGCGAUACAUCGUGUCUGGCGGGGAGGCUGUCGUUGUCGGUACCGGUGCCAAAGUGUCGCGAUUGCUGGCCCAGCACGGCGCACCUGAAAAUGUCAUCGUCCCUGGAUUCGGCAUGACUGAAACUUGUGCAGGGUGUAUCUAUAAUUUGGAGUUUCCUGCACAUGACACUUGUAACAACAACGAAUUUGCUUCUUUAGGCAGAUGUGCUACCGGUGUUGAGGCACGAAUCGUCUCCAUAGCGACGGAUGGCAUUCUCGCGUGUCCAGGAGAAGUAGGCCACUUGGAACUCAAAGGCCCGCUUGUAUUUUCUGGUUAUUACAACAAUUAUACAGCCACCAACGAGGCUUUCAGUCCAGAUGGCUGGUUUCGAACCGGGGAUACAGGUUACAUAGACACAGAUGGCAGAAUCAAUCUGUCCGGCAGGACGAAAGAAUUGAUCACUGUCAACGGCGUCAAAUAUGUUCCGCAGCAGUUGGAAGCCGCUAUAGAGGACGCAAACAUACCGGGGAUUGUUUCCGACUGUGUGAUCUGCUUUCCAUUCCGUCCCAGGGGUGCAGACACAGAGAGACCUUGCGUCAUCUACCAGCAUAGCUACUGCGUUAGAGAUGCCAAAGCUAGGUAUGAGACGAUGACUGCGAUAACGCACCGCAUUACAAUGAUAACAAAUGUGCGCCCGUAUAUUCUGCCUCUACAAAGUAUAAAACGCACAUCCCUGGGGAAGCUUCCUCGUUCUAAACUGCAGCGGGAAGUUGCAAGUGGCCAGUACAAAAUGGAAGAAGCUACUAACAGUGACAUGAUCAAGAGAUAUCGACAAUCGAUAUCCAGACCACCCGGGUCCCCAACCGAGCAAGCAAUCGUGGACGAGUUAGCAGAACUCUUAUCCGUACCUCAAGAAGACAUCGGAAUCGACACCGACCUUUUCGAGCUUGGCCUUACCUCGUUAACGCUUAUCCGGCUUCAACAUGGUCUGCGAUCGAGACUGUCACUAAAUGAGCCAAUUCCCCUCGCCACGAUGAUGGCCCACAACACCGUCCGUGGUUUAUCGGAAACAUGCCAACACCAUCACCAAUACGUCCCAGCUGUCAAGCUCCAGCCCAACGGCAACAAAACACCUCUAUGGCUCGUACACCCCGCCGCAGGCGAAGCUCUCAUAUUCAUCAACAUGGCCAAGCUCAUCACAGACAGACCCGUGUACGCAUUCCGCGCCCGCGGAUUCCACCACAAGGAGCCAUACUUCACCAGCAUCGACGAAUGCAUCCGCACCUACCACUCCGCCAUGAAGAAGCUCCAACCGAACGGCCCUUACGCUAUACUUGGAUACUCCUACGGAACGAUGCUAGCAUUCGAACUUGCCAAGUACCUCGAGAAAGAAGGCGAUCAAGUUCAAUACCUAGCCGGUCUUAACCGCCCUCCAUAUGUUAGUCCAAUCCUGAAGAAAGUUACAUGGACCGACUGCCUGUUUAACAUUUCUUACUUUCUCGGCCUUCUUUCUCGGGACUCAUACCGGACUCUCCUCACGGAGCUCUCCGGACUUCCCAAGCAAGAAGCUUUGGCCAGAGUAAUCGAGGAAGUGGAUCCUGCUCAGCUCCUCGCGUUGGGUUUGGAUAAAGGCGGCUUAGAGCAGUGGAUUAACGUUACCUUCAGCUUACAAGAGAUAGGAAGAGGUUAUGAGCCGAAUGGAGUCGUCAACGCUCAUAUGGAUGUCUUUCAUUGCACUCCGCUGGAAUUCUUGCAUGUUACACCUGAAGAGUGGAAGAAACGUCUGGCUGCUUGGGAAAACUUUUCCGCAAAGAAAAUCAAUUUGAGCCAUGUGCCAGGUGACCAUGCUAAUGUUUUGGGACCGGACCAUGUUCAGGUGUUUGCGAAGAGGUUGAGUGAAGCAAUGGCGUUGCAGGGUCUUUAG